AUAAUGGAUUUUAAACUUCUUCAAUUGUAAGAAAUAGUUUUACAGUAAUGUUGUGAGGAUAUUAACUUUUUUAUAAUGGGGUAUAUACUGUGGAAAUCCGCUAACAAGCUUGGCUUGUAUAAAAUUAAUAAGAUUUAAAGCAAAAUCUUAGGCUGUGUAAUUUCCUUCAUCAACUAAAAACAGUAUGUUUGGAACAAUUUCAUUAAAAUUCUUUCAAAGUUAUAUUUGAUUCUACGCAUGCAGAGCAAGCGACCAGAACAUUUAUUAUUUAUAGACAAUUAUUUAUUUCAUAUUAUUUAGUUAAUCUUUAAUUAUAUAUUGUAAUGCGACGUCUAUAGAUUUUAUACUCUUUAUUCUAUGGCAAAUUUAUAGACCUUGAUUUAUGACAAUGUAAUUGGUACGUGAAUAUAAAUUCAUGAUUAUUCAACAUGACUAUUGUAAACCUGAUAGUGCGUGGGAAAAAACAAUACUUACGUCCCGUAUCACAGAUUUGUAACUACAUAAGUGGAGCGAUGAGCAGCAGAAGACCAAUUUCCGAUAAGGCGGCUUUUAAAGACGUUUUGAAAAAUGCCAAGAAGGUUGCCGUAUUAACCGGCGCCGGCGUCUCCGCAGAGAGUGGAGUUCCGACCUUCAGGGGCGAAGGUGGAUAUUGGCGAAAGUACGUUGCUCAGCAGCUAGCCACUCCUGAAGCGUUCACGAGGAACCCGUCUUUGGUGUGGGAGUUUUAUCACUAUAGGAGAGAGCUUGUUCGCACGAAGAAGCCCAAUAAGGCCCAUGUAGCCUUGGCGGAGUGCGAGAAGCGGUUCCACGUGGAAGGGAAGAGCUUCGUGCUCGUCACACAGAACAUCGACGGGCUGCACCAGACGGCCGGCUCCCGGGAGGUGGUUGAGCUGCACGGGUCGCUGUUCAAGACUCGUUGCCUCAAGUGCGGCGACGUGGCGGAGAACAGGAACAGUCCCAUCUGCCCGGCGCUGGACGGCAUGGGUGCUCCCGACACGGACGCGCAGGAGGUGAGCGUCGCCACAGAGGACCUGCCGCGCUGCGAGAGGGGCGGCUGCACGGGGCUCCUGAGGCCCCACGUCGUGUGGUUCGGCGAGGCCCUGGACGUGGGCGUGCUCCAGAGGGCCGGCAAGGCCUUGGAGGAGUGCGACCUGUGUCUGGUCAUCGGGACGUCCUCCCUCGUGUACCCGGCGGCCAUGUUCGCCCCGCAGGUGGCCGCCCGGGGCGUCCCAGUCGCCGAGUUCAACAUCGAGGUCACCCCGGCCACGAGCGAGUUCACGUUCCACUUCGAAGGGCCGUGCGGAUCGUCCGUGCCCGAGGUGCUGGCCCCAUGAGCACCGGCCGACAUCCGACACGGUCUUCACUGCGACGUGUACAAGGGUUGUGGUGCUACGGGGUAUAUCUGGGAGUUCAAGUGGGAGAGGCUUUCUGCUGUAUAUAUUGGGCAGUUUACUAGCAACUAGACAAGACUGCUCUGUUCCAAACAAAAGUACCACAGUUUUUUUCCUUCCUCUAGAAGAUAACAAGCUUGUUUCAAUGCUGCGAGGGGUAAAUGACACCUGAUCAUCAUAAAGUGUGUGCGCGUUGCGAACACUAAUAUAAUGCACAUGAUACUCAAAUAUGGUGAUUGUAAUGUAAAAACCUGUUCAUGUUUGAUGUAAUUGACUUUGUGUAAAUAUGUUUUAUGUAUUUAUGUAGCAAAUAUUUGGUACUCUGUGUUAACACUUUUUUUCAGCUUAAUGAACACUAUAAUACAACUUUAUGGAAGACUGUAUUUGUUGAUGAAUUUGUAUAAUUUUUUGUUAGGGUAUUCCAUAGAAGGUAUAAAAAAAUGUGUACAUAACUUUGAUUUUAUUAAAAUACAUACUUGCCUUGGUUAAAA